GUUGCCUCAUCGCUCGGACGAUUCAAGUGAGUCUGGGUCCGACUCCGCAAGUGAAGGCGGCAAUCCCCUCAAUGGAGGAGGAGGCGGCUCAACAACGACGACAUCGGUAGCCGGCGAUCUGCAUCUUGCGUCAGAGCGCCUCUUGCAGUCUGGAGUAGCAUCUUCAGUGGAUCCUCACAAUGGCG